AUGCUUGCAAAGCUCAACGUGGGUGCUGUUCUGGCAGCUUCGCUCUCCGUCGCCUCGGCCCAGACCUACCAGCGUCUUGGGACUUGCCCAACUCUGGGAUGCCUUCUGCCGCCUGACCAAAGCGAUUUUCUUCCCGGUCAGCUCUUUGACCUGAGAGUCGAAGUUCACGCCCCGGUCAAUGGCUCCGAGGCUGCCCACAACGGCAUUCCUGAUGAGAAUUUCAAGGUGACCAUUGCCAAGGAUGGCAAGGAUGCCACGGAUAUUACCGCCUUCUUCGGAGUGAAGGAGCCCGAGCUGGAGAAGUGGAAUUUCAGCUGGUACGAGGAUCUUUUCGCCGAGGACAACAAGACCCCCUCGGUUGUCAAUGUUGCUUCCAAAGCUUAUCGCAAGCUCUGUCUGAACGAGCCUGGCAAAUACACCCUGACCCUACAGUACUAUGGAGACGAGAAGACAACUGCUGAAUGGGUGGUUCGGCCAACUGUCAAGGAGCGCAAGGCUAGGAACGUCAUCUUUUUCAUCGGUGACGGCAUGACCACCAACAUGAUCACCGCGGCUCGUCUCCUUGGACACAAGAGCAUCAACGGCAAAUACCAGACUCGCAUGCAGAUGGACGAGUUUCCUGUUCUCGGUCAUCAGAUGACACACUCGAUUGACAGCUACAUUACCGACUCUGCCAACUCUGCCUCUGCUCUAUAUUCUGGUCACAAGAGCACUGUCAAUGCCAUGGGCGUCCACGCAGAUUCGUCUCCCGACCCUUUCGACGAUCCCAAGGUCGAGACCAUAGUUGAGAUAUUCCGCCGAAUUACUAAAGGUGCCUGGGGCGCAGUCUCCACAGCCUUCUUAGCCGAUGCCACCCCUAUUGCUCUCAGCGGCCACACCCGUCGCCGUUCUGAAUAUGCUCCUCUUAUCGACCAGGCUCUGAACGGCGUGACCAACUACAGCUGGACCGACCACGGCGGCCCUGAUGUCUUUUUCGGUGCUGGUGCUGAGCAUUUUUUUGCCGGCAAGGGCAGUUACCAGGGCAGGGACUAUUAUGAGGAGUUUUCCAAGAAAGGAUACUCGGUCAGUCUGAACAAGACGUCUCUCGAGAAGAUUGACACUACACAGAGGGCCCUGGGUGUCUUUUGCCAGAGCAGCCUGCCCGUCUGGCUAGACCGUAAUGUGUACACGGAUAACCUCAAGAAGUUCAAGAACGACCCAAAAGGCGGAAGUGCCCCUGCACUUGAUCUCCCGGGCCUCAAAGAGAUGACGCUCAAGGCUGUCGAGGUCCUCCACGAGCGUGGCGGCGACAAGGGCUUCUUCCUCAUGUCCGAGGCUGCCUCUAUUGACAAGCAGAUGCACGCUCUUGACUACGACCGCGCCCUCGGCGAUCUUCUUGAACUUGACGACACUGUCCGCGAGACGAUCAAGAAGCUCGAGGGGCUGGGGAUUCUCAACGAGACACUCGUUGUUGUGUCUGCUGACCACGGUCACGGAUUCGAUGUCUGGGGAUCCGCCGACACCGAGUACAUUGCCAAGCAUGACGAUGAGCGCACCAAGCGCAACGCAAUCGGCGUAUAUGAAAAGUCGGGUCUCUCCCAGUACACCGAGAAGGGCGACAAGAUCCAAUACGGCACCGGCGUCAACUUCCCGUCAAACUGGGAGCCCCGAUACGCCAUCGCCGGUGGUGUCGGCGCCGCACCCGACCGCCGGGAGGACUACAAGGUCCACAAGAGCGGCCCUCGCGUGCCGGCCGUCAAGGGUGCUGACGGCAGCUACGUUGUCAACGCCAAGGACUCGCCCAACGGCAUUGUCAUCAACGGCACUCUGCCCACCAGCGAGGCUCAGGGCGUGCACUCGCUUACCGACGUGCCCGUGUUUGCCAUGGGUCCCUGCCAGGACAUGUUUGGGGGCACCUUCAACAACGUGGAUAUGUUCUACAAGAUGGCCACAUGCUUGGGUCUGGCGCGUCCAAAUGACCAGAUGAAAAUCGAGGAGACGGCAAAUAUUGUCGAUGCGUGCGCAUAG